AUGACUACAUUCUUUUAUGAAGAUGGACAAGAAAACCUUUUCAAUGAACAUGGAGAAAAAGUUUACGAUCCAAUGGAAGAUGUUUUAACACAAAUUGACGAUCCCAAUAUAGUUCUUGAAACAAUAACCAAUCGAGAAACUUACUUGAGUGCUAAACGCCCCGAAAAAGCUACUGGUGAACCAUCAGUUACGAAGCCGUUGAAAUCUAGUAAUUUGACUAAAUCAACCAAGUCAUACAGUAUCUAUAGUGAUACGACCAGAGAAUCGUUUAUCGACCGUAUGCUUGAGCAACCGCAAGAGCGUGGCUUAGUGGCUAAAGUUGCAAGAGAACUCAACGUGAAGUACCGUACUGCACUGAAUUGGUGGUACAUUUAUGAAAAAAUGGAAGGGGUGCCGUAUAAAAAUAGUGAAAAAAACAGUGGUCCAAAAAGCUCAUUUACAGCUGAACAUAACGAGUACAUUACCAAGCUACUUGACAACGACCCUCAGAUAUUUGCGGACGAUAUAAUAAAUAGCUUGACUGAACAAUUCGAAGGCUUCACAAUUUCAAAAUCGCAAAUUAACAACCAUUUACGUAAUACUAUGCUUAUCACUGUAAAAAAGCCAUAUUUCGAACCUGAGGUUAGAAACUCAGUAGAAAAUCUCCAGACACGAUUCGAAUGGUUUAUGAAAUGGAAAGAUUCUGAUCUGGAUUUUACAAAAAAAUUAGCAGUAACUGAGAUUAGUGGAGAGAAUACCUUUUUCGAUGGCACUGGCAGUGUCCUCCUUGAACGACCCAACCCACCAGCUCAGCAAGUCGCUAAGCUUGCCUACGAGAUUUCUUACAACGACAACACUACCAUCCUUGGAGAAUGGGCACAUAUGGGCUCCCAUUGCAAAUACUGCAAACAAAUGGGCCACGACAUCGAUGCCUGCCCUGCACGCUCUUCAGAAACACGCACCUGUCACAGCUGCAACAAGCCUGGCCAUUUGCAAGCUAACUGUCCCCACGUCUCCGAACCUGCUCGUAGGUCAGCAACCACUAACAAACGCUCUCGCCACCUCAACCGUGUUCCUCACCAGGAUCGCAUUGUGCUGCCCCGCCCCCUGACAACUAAUCUCCCCACUGGUACAUCUGCGGAUUCCAUCCACAAUCCGGCUAACAAAGCUUCAUCUUCUCUUCUGCCGAUUGAACCACAACGCAAAGCCAAGGUAGUCAACCAUGCUGAAGAGGAAACACCAUCCGACAACACCGCCUAUAUUGUAGAUCCUGAAGACGACACAAUGCUCGACGCCCUUCCAGAACAGGUAAAUUCUGACAAAGCCCAAUUGCAACAGGAGCCUGAGAAGGCCGCCGAUGAAGGCCUCUCCAAGGUGGGACGACCCGAAACACGCUCAUUAUUUAUACGCCACUUACGUUCGAAGGGAAUUGAUCUCCUCGCCCUUCAAGAAACCCAUGCCCACUCUAUUGCUCUUCAAGACACAUUUACUAUGCAAUUCCAAUCUUCUUCUUCUCUUUGGUCUCCUCAUUGUGGACUUGUAUGCCUUUCAAAAGAUAUUAUGCUUACUGAUCCAUUGUUUAGUAUAUGCGGCCGCUGCAUCACUGCUACGGUAUCUCACGCACAGUCUAUGUUCAACUCUUUCCGUAUCUGUGUCAUUUAUGCUCCCGCUACUUAUCGCGAACGACAUUCGUUCCUCACCUCUCUUCUUCACAAUCCUCUCUUGAUACCCGCGUCACCCACUAAUAUGAUUCUAUUGGGCGACCUCAAUCACUCACUCACUACUACCACCGCCCAUAGCACUCCACCUCGCCCAUGGCUUCAAUUUCUCACCGACCGCCUUGUGGACUGUGUGACUCCCACCGGCAAGGUACCUCAACCUACCUUUCACCGUGGGACAUCAUCCUCCACAAUUGACUACAUAUUCGCCUCCUCCGACCUUGCUUCUUGUGCCACCUCACACUCGGUGGAAUAUAUACACUCACAAUGGUCUGACCAUUGUCUGGUCACAGUCGUACUCUCCCUUCCUUCUUCUCGGACCAGUGGUAAAGGCCUUUGGCGGGCGAACCCUCGCCUUGCUCAGCUCACUUCCUUCCAGGACGAACUUUCUGUCUUUCUUCACACCUUCGUUCCCACUCUCCCCGCCUCCAAUUCCCCACAGACAAACUGGGAUUUAGUCAAGUCUGAAGUGACUAGAUUCAUUAAACGUUUCUCUCGUCGAAUCUCACCUUCCCUGUCCACUCUAGAAGCACAACUUCAAAGAUUGAGGACAGCUGCAAUCUUCACUCAUCUCGCUGUCUCUCCUUUCGGGCUUUGGCAUGUUUUGCGUGUGGUCUCUCUACCUAUGUCCUUCUUUCAGAAGAUCAGGUCCAUCAUGGGUAGCUUCCUUCAACGUGGCACCUUCCCCCCGAUUUCUUUGGAUACUUUCUGCCUCCCACGCAUGCAAGGUGGACUUGGUAUCAUCGAUCCUAAGACGCAGCAGAGCGCUCUACAACUUCGUUGGCUUCAACCUAUCGUCCGCGCUCCUCGGUCCCCACCUGGUUUGGUCCCGCGCUGGAUGUCCGGAUUGUUACAUGCUUCACUUCCAUCUCUUUCUCCCCUAUUUCCCCUUCUAUUUCCAAGUAUGCGUCCUUCUGGAUGGCGGGAUCUUACCUCUCCUCUACAUUUAGCCUUCACUGCCAUUGACCAUCUGCCGCACAACUUUGAUAAUGUUGUGGUAAAUUCGACUACUUGCCUUGCUUUGCCUCUCUCAGCGGUCACCAUUGUCCCUGCUUCCCAAGCACGCUUCCCCCCAUCUUGGCAAGAUCUUUUGGUUUCCCACCUCUACACCUUUGACCCUGCCCUGGCGUCGCUACGGUCUAUUUCCAUCACCAGCAGCCAUCCACGCUCUCGUGUUAUUCAUAAGUUCCUUGGCCGAGUUCAACUCAACACUCUCACAUUACAUUCGAUAAUCGUUCGUGCUUGUUGCUCUCCUCGUGAACUGACCGAACAAUAUCCGUCUCUGCUCGUUCAAGAUGGCACAUCAAUUGACUUGUUCCCUUUCUUUAAUGCGCUCGUACCUUCUCAGACUUGGGCACGCCUUUCCACACGCACUUUCCGCGGGCUGUGCUCCCACCAUCUCGUCCGUGCCCGCUAUUUCGAUCCCCCUCGUGGCUCUCGUCAUUGGCGGAAAUUUUGGUCUUUCCCCCUUCCCCUGGUGGCUCGUAACAUUUGGUUUCGUGGUCUACACGACAAGAUUUCUUGCCGAGCCCGUCUUCACUCUUUGCUUCCUCUCGCCUUUCCCUCUCCUACCUGCUCUAUUUGCUCUCUCUCCUCCGACUCCCAAGACCACUUCUUCUUCACUUGUCCUCUCAAAAACGCGGUGUGGAUCGGCAUGUGGCUGGAAUUCUUUGGCACAAUACCUACCCCAACCGCACUACACAACGCUUUUCACUUCUUCUCUUUUCCCUCUUUCUUAAACUCUUCUAUUCCCCCUUCUACCGUCUUUGGAUGCACCCCCCUUGCGAUAUGGCGUCACCACUGGACUUUCAUUUUUGACGAUUCACCAUUUGUUCCUUCUGCUGUUGUUGGUACGGCUCGCAAGACCCUAACCCGCAUUUGCCAAGAAUUAGACCUCAAUCCUCUCUUUUAA